AAAACAAUCAGAAAUGAAUCUUUGAUAGUGAAUAAUUGUCACGCUCUACAAAAGUGAAUGAAAGCAAGGAAAGACUAACAACUUAAAACAACAAAGCUAAGAUGCUCGAGUCAGAGUUCGACUGGUCUGAGGGCAGGCGCGGCAGCUUCUCGUGGCUGGAUUACGUGGUGUUCGGAGGGAUGCUGGUGCUCUCCCUCGCCAUCGGCAUCUUCUACGCCGUCAGGAGUCGCAAGAAGGCCAACGACGAGUUCCUCCUGGGCGGCAGGAGCCUCAGCUGCCUCCCUGUGUCCAUGUCUCUCGUGGCCUCCUACAUUUCCGCUAUCCUUGUGCUCGGUGGACCUGCAGAGGCGUACUACCAUAGCGUUCAGUGGUGGGUCAUAUGUGCAGGUCAGAUCUCUGUUCCUCUGGCUGCCGUGGUCUUCAUGCCGUUCUUCUACGAACUAAAGCUAACAUCGGUCUAUGAGUACCUAGAGCUGCGUUACUCUUCGCGAGCCGUCCGACUAGUGGCUGGGGGCCUCUUCAUCUUCGAGACUCUGCUGUACCAAGCGGUGGUGAUCUACGCCCCCGCCCUCGCUCUCGCCUCCGUCAGUAACUUCCCUCUUUGGAUUUCCAUGAUCGCUGUUGGGGGCAUCGCUUCUGUGUACACUGCCAUUGGAGGCCUCAAGGCGGUCGUGUGGACGGACGUCUUCCAGCUGCUCAUCCUGAUCGCUGGUCUCUUCGCCGUCGUCACCAAAGGCAUCUACGACUUGGGAGGUUUCGGCGUCGUGUGGGACAUCGCCGAGAGGAACGAUCGAGUUGGGAUUCAGAUUUUUACAUACGGCUACCACCUUCUACAGCGUCACACCGUCUCUAACCUCCUUAUCAACGAGGUCCUGGGCCAGUUGUCGCUGUACACGUGCACGCAGACGACCGUCCAGCGGUACUCGAGCACAAAGAGCCUCGCCCAUGCUUAUGUAUCAAUCUUUCUCACAAUUCCGUUCUUCGUGUUGCUCAUCUCUCUCACUAUGGCAGCAGGCAUCGUUCUGUUCGCUACGUACGAGGGCUGCGACCCCCUGGCGGCCGGACUCAUCACCAAGAAGGACCAGAUCCUGCCCUUCUACGUCAUGGAUCGCCUCAGCGCCAUCCCGGGGCUGCCGGGGCUCUUCGUGGCCUGCAUCUUCUCCGGCGCCCUCAGUUCCUUAUCCUCAGGUGUGAAUUCUCAAGCCGCAGUCACCUGGGAGGACGUGUUUUCCAGAAGGCCGGGUUGCAUGAGAUUAUCAAGCACAACUCAAGCCAGGAUCACCAAGUUAAUAGCGCUUGGCUUCGGCUUCCUAUCGACAGGUCUGGCUUUUCUGGCGGGGAACUUCGGUGGCCUCAUCCAAGCCGCCAUGGCCCUCACUUCAGGGGUGUCUGGCCCGAUGUUGGCCGUGUUUAUUAUGGCCAUAUUCCUCCCUUUUACUAAUUCUAAGGGAGCGACUGCUGCUUUGAUAUUAGGAACAGCAGCAGCUUUCACCUUCAGUUUUGGCAGCGCAGCCUUAGGCAUCACACCUGAACUGCUGCCAACUUCCACCGACCUCUGCCCUGCCAACCUCACGCUGCCACCACCCCCUGAUUCGCCUCCAGUUCGAGCGUCUGACCUUGAGUAUCCUGAGAAGAUUUUCGGGCUCUCGUACACCCAGUUGGGACCGCUGGGCUUCGCAGUGGCUUUUGUGGUGGGUGUCUUCGUUAGUCUGCUGACAGGUCGGAAUCGGGGAGUGCGAGUGGAGAGGUCACUCGUACACAAAUGGGUCAGAUGGAGCCUCCCUGACCCAAACAAGGUCACGGAUAGGGUCAAAGCUAACUCGUACAGCAACAGCAUUUCGACGCGGUUUUAAGUUUUAGGACACUGCGUCUGUGAUGCUGUUUUGAUGAAAGUUCUAUGACGUGCAGCAGAACGUCAUACGUCUCGGCGCCCUAUGUAUGCGAGCUCAUAUCAGUGUCUUACGAUGUGUAACCUAUGUGCAGGGUACAUGUUGACCAAAGUGUAAGAUGACAAAACACUCGGAGGCCCUUGGGGGUCAGACAAUCAAGAUAGAUAGGAAAGAUCGAAGAUAUCUCAAAGGAAAAGACGUCAGGUCUCUAAUCUAGCUGUAUAGUUUACCUUGCGCCUCCUGCGACGAUGCCUACAUAGGUGAGACAGGACGAGCACUCCACGAACAACGAAUCGACCAAUACCGCAGCGCUCUCUGACGUCAUGACAAGAGGAGCGUUUACGUUGUUCACGACGACACCGGCGACCCCCGCUCCGAGUGAUCCCAAGCCUCCGUCAUUAAAUGGGACACGUUCACGACAAUGGAAGGUGGUAGAAACGGCGUCAAUACGUUCCCCUAACAAUUUACACAACGCAACGGGGAGCCAUGAAUGAGCCAAUCCCAUCGCACGGUUAAUCACGAUAUGACCUGACUGCUCAGCACUUGUAUAUAUACACCUAUGUAUCUCUUGUUUUAAUGUGUUCAAAACGUGAAUGAAUACAGUCACAGAUGAAAUAUUAUUGCCAUGUUAAUUUGUAAAUUUGCUCUCUGGGUGUAAACUUGGCACCUGC